AUGGCCGAAGGCGAACUAUGGUAUUCAUUAGUCACUGCCAUCGAUCCAGUUAACAUCAAAGCCAUGCCGGCUGUCCUACAAUCAACUAUCAACCUACUCGAAAAUGAGCUGGCCAAAGCCAGGGCUGCUCUCAAGGAAAUUCAGCCCAACGCACCUCCCAGGUUCACUGCUGGGGAUGAGCUUGCCAUUGGUGCCAUCGCCGCCUAUCGUCAAAAUCUCAUUGGGCGUGCCCCGGACUUCUACUACGGAACUCGACGAUUGACACCAAAGGAACUAGGCCUUGUCCCAGUCGUUCGGGAGGUGCAGGUAGCCUCCGAAGAAGAAGAGGUUCCCCAGGAGGAGAUUCAGUGCUCUGUGACCGUGAUUCCGUCAAAGCCAGCAUCUCUCACCGAUGUGCUGUCCAAUAGCUUGAUCCUUGAUCAUAUUGCUCCUUAUUUGUCGGUUUCGGGCCUGUUCUCAUUGGCAUCAACAUGCCGCGCCCUCCGAUCCGUGAUUAUGGAGACGCCUUACGUCUUUCGGCAUCUUGACCUAAGUAGGUGUCGUGGGGCGCAGCUGCAGAGGAGUUCGACAGUUGACGGUAGAGGUCAGGCCUUGGAUACUGAACUCAUAAACGAGUCUCUUACCGAGGACGAGUUCUACUCGGCCCCCUUAAAGAAGAUUUUCGCAAAACUCGAGCACAAGUCGCUUUUACAGGACGUGCGCACCUUGAUCUUGGACGGUUUACCGGUUCCGGCGGACCUUAUAGCAGACAUUUUGCUGAGUGACCGCUUCAGUGUGAACAUCCUGUCUAUCAGAGGGUGUCAACAUUUGAAUGAACGUAAACUUAUGCAAGUCCUUCAAUAUGCCGUGCGUCCGACUCGCCCUGCCGGCACCCCCCGGGUGAAAGGGAUCUAUUUUUUCACGCCACCGAAUCUGGCACAAGCUGCAGCACGAAGCAGGUACCGCAACUGGUGGAGUUCAAGGUGUGCCGGUCAAACGCCGGUGGAAGCGAGACAGCCAUCGCCUCAACAUGACCAGGCCCGUGAAACUUACCGGCAGAACGCCUGGUACUCGCCGUCCGGCAGGUUACUGACCGCUAGCAUCGAGGAAGGCUGGGCACAGACAAUUCAGAGAUGCCACGGCAUCAUCGCUUUUGACGCCGUGCUGUGCCGUGGGCCAAGACAUGACCCAAAUGCUAUGUUGGUUAGCCAGAAUGGGUCUCAGAAUGAAGGCCACUUGCUCGGUCCAGCGAUUGCUACUGUUGCCCUCGGUUCUCGUGGAUGUGACGGUUGUCACAGCUCUCCCGAGGGUCCAGCGAUCUGGGGACAGGGUCCAGAGGACACCUUUCCUCUGCUCACUCCGCCCCCUUUUCACUCAUCCUCUAUUGUGGCGGCGAAGCGCCCUUCGCUUUUUCCAGGGGCGGAACAUCCUGCCCUGAUUGCCCGCUGUGCAGAAUGCCUUACCGAUCGCUGGUGCCACCGUUGCAACAAAUGGUUUUGCGCCGACUGCCUACCGCAUCCACAACGUGUGAGCUCUAAUCUUUCACCGCAUCAGACUGCAAUGAGAGCUUCUCUCAGCAGCAAUGACCCGUCUCAGAGACUGGAACUUGGAGUGAGCAAGGAUUGCUGGGAAUGUGGCCCUACUCUUUCAACUGACGGUAUCUUCAGUGCGCCGCAUGCAAACUUGAUUGCCAACGAACGUGCCAACACUGCCAAGGACUAUACUGCAUUGAGCACAACGAGGGCUGCUCUUCGACAAUGUGUGACUGGUGCAACACCAGUUCGCGCCAUCGGCUUAGGCAAGUUUAUUAGCACGUUUUCGAGAGAUAUCCGCGGAUGUUGA